AUGGAUAGUCAUAAUCAUAAGGCGGAGAUUCUAUCAACUGAGAUCGUGAAGUGGGGGACCGAGGAUUCAGGGCCCUAUGCUGGAUCCAUGAGCUUCUCUGUGAGGGUCCGGCAUGGCUUGGCUGACUUCCUCAAUUCUGUGAAUCUGAAAAAUGUGAAGCUCGGUUAUAGUUACCUUAUGAGCCAUGGCUUUUAUUUUAUAGUCAUUGCACCACCUGCCGCCCUCAUUCUCAGUGCUCAAAUAGGGAAACUAACAUGGGAAGAUCAUUUCUUCUCCUUGAAAUUGCACCUCACAAACGCUCUUUUUCUCUCCUCUACCGGACUCUUUUUAGCCUUAAUUCUAUAUAUUUAUCUUCAUUUGAUGCCACCAUCUACUUAUUUACUUGAUUUUGCUUGUUUUCGCCCACCAACUGAAUUCAAGAUGUCAAAGGAAGAGUAUAUGGAUUUGGCUAGAAAAUCUGGCAAAUUUGAUGAAACAGCUAUUGAAUUUCAGCAGAGAGCCCUUGAGAAUUCUGGGAUAGGAGAUGAGACCUACUUGCCAAGAGUAAUAUUCCAUCCUGAUUAUAAAAUUAAUCUAAAGGAUGGGCGAGAAGAGGCAGCAAUAGUGAUGUUUGGGGCUGUGGAUGAUGUCCUUGCUAGCACUAGAAUCCAAACAAAAGAUAUCAGAAUCCUGGUUGUGAAUUGUAGUAUUCUAAACACAACUCCAUCAUUGUCAGCAAUGAUAAUAAACCACUACAAGCUUAGGCAUAAUGUAAAUAGCUUCAACCUUGGUGGGAUGGGUUGUGCUGCUGGGAUUGUAGCCAUUGAUUUAGCAAGAGACCUUUUAAGUGCAUAUCCAGCCUCAUACGCAUUGGUAGUGAGCACAGAAGUUGUAACAUUUUCUUGGUACACUGGCAAUGACCUUGACAUGCUUCUUCCUAAUUGUUUCUUUCGGAUGGGGGCUGCCGCCAUGUUGCUCUCCAAUCAUCUCCUCGAUAGAUGGCGUGCCAAGUAUGAGCUCAAACAGCUAGUUCGCACACACAAAGGCAUGGACAAUAGAAGCUUCAAAAGUGUACAUCUAAAGGAAGAUGAUAAGGGGAAGAAAGGUCUGUCGGUGAGCAAAGAUUUGAUUGAGGUGGCAGGACAUGCUCUCGAAGCUAAUAUAACCACCCUCGGCCCGUUAGUUCUCCCAAUUUUUGAGCAAGUCCAUUUCUUCACCCCUUUACUCUUUAAUAACAAGUCUUCUAAGCCUCACAUUCCCAACUAUAAGCUUGCGUUUGAGCAUGUUUGUAUAAUGGCAACAAGUAAGAAAGCCAUUGGUGAGAUGCAAAAGAACUUAGAGCUUACAGAAGAGUACAUGGAGGCUUCAAAGAGAACUCUAGAACGAUUUGGGAAUACCUCGAGUAGUAGUGUCUGGUAUGAGUUGGCUUACUUAGAGGCGAAUGCAAAGAUCAAGAGAGGUGAUCGGAUUUGUCAAAUCACUUUUGGAUCAGGUUUCAAGUGUAACAGUGUUGUUUGGAAGGCUCUUAGGAGUGUCUCAAGUCCAAAGAGAAGCCCAUGGAUUGAGGACUAAAUGUAAGUAGGUAAGAUAUAUGAAAGAAAUAGCAAAACCAGAACAUAUACACAGAAUUAUAUUUCUUUAAUGUAAUGUACUAGAUUAGCGAACUGUGACAUCCCAAAAUAAUACCUCACAUCAUGAUA